CUGCACUGAGGAACGCCUUUGCUUGGGGCGGACGCGACACACAGCAUUUCAGGUUCCUUAGUUUCGGUACUAAUCUCAGUGUAGUUAUGAAUCUUGUGUGUAAUGUUAGCUAGCUCUGCUCUGUGCGACGUAAACCAACCUCCUGCGUAGAACCCAGACCGUCUACUGCUUCUAAUGAAGCCACACAGCCUGAUAGUGAUAAGGGCACAUCCACACAGUUGUCCUGAGUUGAGCUGAGCACCGUAGGCUGAAUGAAAAUAUUCUGCUAGGUUUGCCACAUUUUAGCGUCCUCUGUGCGAAUUUCCAGAGUGGAAGUUCUACCCUUUCCUUGCCCAGCGCGCCAACUGACGAAUGCUCCUGUGAAGUCACGGCACGAGUGUGAACGGAUCGCGCGAUCGUGUCCGAAGUCUGCAUGCGGUGACGGCUGCAGGUAGAUCUACAAGUGCCUUUUGUUACAUUUAUAGCCAUUGUAGGAUCAGAAAGCCUGGAGACUGCACGGGAGGAGAGCAGCUGGGAGUUGUAAAAUACCGGAAUUUUAUUACUCCCUGGUGGAGAGGGUGUUACGACUCAGCAGUGCGAAUGCGGUGGCCAUCAAACCUGCCUUCACCACCUAACUGAAGACAUUGCAGACAACCAUCCUUGGGCCGAGUCUGCACUGCAGCACAGGAGUACUGUGACCAUCACACCAGUCAAGUGUCUGCAGUAAAACUAGCACUGCCGGUGACAUGCCGGUGGAUUUCUGGUAUUAUGUUGCCAGGCCGGUUUGGGUAGACUUGUGCUGGGAUGUUAGACUACCACACUGGGCAGUAAGAGAUCUGCUGGCAAGUGUUGAUAAUCUUCCUCCAGCCCUCACCGUUUUGAGACAGGAUUCUCCAGGCGGUUGGCCUUGCACAUAUACAUUACCCUGGUUACUGUCAAGUGGCAACAAAGGUGCUGCAAAGUUUCUUGAUACCUUAUCCCGAUGUGGAACAGAUAAGCAUCAAAUUUCAUCAAUGUUAUCCAGUAUCUGGAAGACCAUAGUGGCGGAGAAACAAGAUACUGCUCCUUAUGAGUUCUUUCUUGAAGCAAUCAAGAACAACGUGGACAUCAUUUGCCAUUGUCUGUCUAAGGCUUCCCCGUUCAUAUUGAUGGUUGAGAUAUCAAAACUCCAAAUAUACAGUGGCAUUAGUGCCAGUACAAUGGCUACAAUAACUACAGCACUGGCGGAGUGUAAAAUGGAUGAUUGCUUUCCAGCAAGAUCAGCAAUAAAGGCAAUGGUAGACGAUGUGUUAUCUAGUGGCCAUGCACAGGGUGCAUUGUUCAUUAAUGUGCUAUUUUGGAGUGACACACUAGCUGACUUCAUUCCGCACCAUGUCAGAGAUACUGUGCUUGCCGAUAUUGGAACACACUCUAUACGUGACCUCUACAUUGCGGUGUGUGUCAAUUCUCAACUUCCAUCAGGUAUUGUGACUGGACAGAAGAAUGCAACAAGUUCAAAGAAACAAACGGCAAAAAGUGGAAUUGCUGGCUGGAACGCAGAGGAUGAGCAGGCUUAUCAACUAGCACUGUCAGAAGGACAGCAGAUAAUCCCUCAUGCGAGGCUUCUUCUAUGCGGUCCGGGUCGCUCAGGCAAAAGCAGCGUGGAGAGAUCACUUGUGGAUGAGCCAUUUGAAAAGAGAAGUGACAGCACCAUUGGUGUGGAGCUACAAACAGCUGUCUGUACCAUUGGACAGAGAGAUGGCAAAUUUGUUUGGCGCAAGGAAGCCGAUCAAAAAAUGCAACAUCUGCUCAUGGUGCUAAUAUCACUCAACAAAGCAGUACAACGAAAGGCAAUUGAGGAUCGCCUAGCCCAGCAACAUGCAGUCAAUGAAGAAACUGUCUUCCCAGUGACGGAAAGCAUGGCAGCGGAGAGCAGUCUGGAGCAAAAAAUGGUCCAAUCAUCCACACCAAGUAGCAGUACAACAGGUGUUCGUUCGUCUGAGGAUAGCGGGCACACAGCAGUGGAAACUAAUGACACAACACAUGACGUACCUGCUGGUGACAAUGUGAAUGCUGCAGUCGCCAAAGCUGAUUCCGAUUCUCCAAGUGUAGAUCAAACGCUAGUUGCUUCAUGUACCAAUGUUCCUAAUGAAGCGGAUGUGACUGCUGAUACAUCUCCAGAUGCUAAAGCCAACACAACUCCAGAAACAACGACUGCUACCAUUGGAAACAAUAGCCCAAUCCAUGAUACCGCCAAUGGUGUAGCUUCCACUAUUCAAGCCACAGCUCCAAACUUGCAACCACUGAUGUCAGAGGAAAAGGCGCUUGAAAUACAUGAAGCAGAGGGAAGCUGUGCAACACCCGACUCACCAUAUUCACCUGAUCCAAAGAGCCUUGAAGAGGAGUUAUCGUAUGCAGCAAUGCGGGUGGAUCAGUUCAUUGCUGAUCUCAAGUACACCGAUGUGAGUGAGUACAACAUCAAGGACUUGGAUGAACUUGUGUUCUUGGACAUAUGGGACUUUGCAGGACAGCGGUUAUUCUCAGCACUUCAACAUAUGGUUCUGUCUUCAAGACGCUGUGCUUAUGCAGUUGUCUUCGAUGCCUCAAAGCAAAUGGAGAAAGUAGCCGAGCCAACACUUUGCAGAGAUGGUGAAGAGUACCGGCUAGAUAACAGCCAAGGCUCCACCAACUUCGACAUAAUGGAAAGCUGGUUGAACACAAUUCAUCAUGUUAUUGGUGAUGACCCAGACGUACCAGUGUAUGCUAUUGGCACGCACAUCGACAAACUUCCGCGCAAAACUCGCCAACAAUCACUUAACAAGAUGAAGAAAUACAUCUGGACCAAUGCUGAGGAAAGAGCAUAUGGUCUCAAUCUUGAUGAAGUGGUGUUUGUUGACAACACUGUUGCUGGAAGCAGAGAUCCUGAUGGAACCAUCGUCCGUCUUCGAAAGGAUUUCAUUGAGAAAUUGGAACCGCAGUUCAAACAACCCAUACCCAUUCGCUGGCUACCAUUCACCAUUGGUACGAAGGAAGUUGCAAAGAAAUUCAAAUGCCCAUGGCUGACGAUUGAGCAGAUCUACCGUCUUGCCAACACAGUGUGCGGUGGUGAUGCUGGGAACAGUCACUCUCAGUCUGUUGAUGUGGAAGCAAUGUUGAAGUACCAACAUCACCUUGGCCAUAUUCUCUACUACCCAGAGAACCGAAUCCUGUCAUCCAAAGUCAUCAUUGAUGUAGAAUGGCUGCUAAGAAUUGCAUCACUGCUCUUCUGCCCAGAACCAAAGAGUGAGCAGGGCAAACGUCUUCGCAAGCUCUACGAGCUGUUGACAAGCAAGGGAAUCUUGCUUGAACGUCUCAUCAUUCACCGUUGGCAACAGCACAGCAAGCAAACUGCAAUGUACACCAAGACAGAAGAGCAACGUGACUAUCUGUAUGAGCUAAUGGAGCAAUCUGGCCUCAUGUACAACACAAAGACCAGUAUGAAGAUCCCCGACCGUGAGGAAGAGUCACGCAAGUUCUACGUCCCAGCCCUUGUAAGCCGAAUGCCUGAAGACAAUGCCGCUCUGCUAUUGGAUGACUCAGCGCCAACCAUCUACCUGUACACGGGAAGUCGCAAAUACCUACCACAGACACUGUUCUGGUGCGCCGUGGUAAGGUGCAUGCAGAAGUAUCAGCCACGCCAAGAACCACUUCUCUACCAGUCUGCUGCUCGGCUGAGAUGUUAUGGCAUCUACUGGCUGGUACUGGAGUACUUCAGUCAUGGCAUUCGUAUCUCCAUUGCAGCUGAGGAAUCUGCACUGUCAAAUAUUGGAAGUGCGUACUCUGCGGUACGUCCCGCUGACCUUCCCGCAAUGUGUUCAGAAGCCCUGCUGUUUGUAGAGGAGCAGCUGGAGGAUCUGAAGAAGUUCAGCCUUCAGCACGUCAACAUCAGCCGAGCAGUGCGGUGCAAGUGUCCCAUCAACCAACGUCCUUGUCAGCGGCACAAGAAGAAGUCCUGUCCACGGACAUCAUGCCAUCACUUCGCAGAACUGGUGGAUGGAGAAGUUCCACAAUGUCCUCUGGAGUCACAGCCCAGUGUGGAUGCCGGUCCAGUUUUGCAGUACUUCAAAUGCAUCCCGUUCCAAUAUGUGCAAGCUGGCAGGACUAGCGGCUCAAUGUCUUCACCAUUGAUGGCAAUGUCUGGACUACAAACUACACUACCAUCUACCAGUACAGCAGAUAUGUACGAGUUAUCACCUUCGUUGGAGAAAAAUGGUCGGAAGGGUAAAGUGGCCGGCAUGGAACAACUUGGCGCAAUUGCUUCAGCGGCAACAGCAGCGAUGCAGCCAGUCACUGAAGUCACUGGCCCUGGUGUUGAGUUCCACAAGCUCCGGCAGCCGGAGCUCAUUCGUCUUCGCAAGAAGCUUGAAGGUCUUUGCAACCUGGGCCUGGGUGAUCAGAAAGACCUGGCCAACUCUCUUCUGGAUGCCGUGUACCCGGCUGGAUGCAAGAAGAUUAUUGAGCAGAAGGCGUCCAAGGAGCAGACGACGUUCUUCACCACAAUGUUCAAUGAAUGGAUUGACAACGAUCCGGACGCCAACGGCUUCAAGUUCUACGAAGCAGCGUGCGAUGCCUCAGAAGUAUACGCCAGUUCUGUGCGGGACCUACUGCAGCUCUGAUCAUUGCAGUGCAGCUGGGACUCAGAUACGUCCACACGUCCACGUCCACACGUUCCCAAACAGUGGAAUAUGUACUUCACACAGGUGCUUCUUGCUUACCCUUGCUGUGGCCGACAGUAGUGAGCACUUCUUGAUUUAGCUAGCUUGCACCGGCUUUCCCCAGCAUCUCUUUGGGUCUUGCCGCUUGAUAUCCGAUACCAAUGUUUUCCCCUGCCGUGCAAUUGCCAUUGCAAACAUGCCUUGAAGCACACGCACGCGCACACACGCACACGCGCGCGCGCGCACACACACACACACACACACACACACACAUGUCCACACACCAGACAAGCCGCAUCACGCAAACAAUGCAAUACCUAAACGCAUGAAUGCACAUCUAUCUGGGCAUCAUAUUGAACGCUCGUCCUCCAGUGCUGAAGUUUCGACAGUGAGCAUCAGCUUUCUUCCUACUUGCCAUGUCAAUGCAUCAAUCAUGGAAUGUGUCAACAAUGGUCUCUACCAGGUUAUAAAGUAUUUACUGCUGUUAUUUUUUCGAAGAUGUCUGAAUCUUGAUUCCUACCUGCUAGUACCAUAAUUGCCUGCGGCCUUGAGCCAAGAGUUCCUGUGACAGCGCAACACAGCUCUCUCUUUUUUUUCUCUUUUUCUUUUGCGCAGAGCAAGCAGACAGUACACAUGCUGUGUGCGUUUCCCCGAGGUUUUCUGUUGAAUUCUUCCACCUGCCCCCGUGCAGGCCUUCAUAGUGAUCUGCAGCUUGGAAAGUUGCGUCCGCAUGUUACAGAGAAAGCAUGUUUCCGCAGAUGAGAGCCGGAACAAUGUUCAAAACGGAUGAUGAAGUACAAGUACAAUAUCA